GGAGGCUGUGCGCUCUCGCCCUUUCCCGGCCGCCUAGGAAGAGACCUCGCGCAGCGGGAGAGGGGAAGGAAGGAAGGAAGGAAGGGGAUCUUCAAAGAGGGCUUGUCCGUGCCUCCAGGCAGGAGUCGCCCACCCUUCUCCCCCGCCUCCUCCGCCCUCCUUGGCUUUCUCCGCCCCUCGCCACGGCUCUGCCUCUCCUCCGGCGCGGCGAAGGAGCUGCUUUGCGAGAGAGCGCGGGCUGCCAGCCGGGACGGGAGCGCGCGCGCUGCGGGCUGUGCAAAGCGCCAAAGAGGACCAUCAGGGAAUUCUCCCUCCGGCUCCUUGAAAUAAAUACAUUAAAAUUGCCCGUUUCUUUUUUUUUCCCAUUCAGAAGUGCAAUUUUUCAUUCCGCACCCCACCCCACCCCGCAACAUUUUACUUACAUUUAUUUAUUUUAUUUUUUAAAAAAGUGCAUAUAUAGGCUGUCCUAUAUCCAUCAUCCACCAUCCAUCCUUUUUUUUCCCCCCUUUCGAGAAACUCACUUCGGGAUGAUUCUCCUGUCAUUGUGCUUCACAGCAGCGGCUCUGAUGCAGUUGAAGACUUCAGCUGACGAACAAGCUGCUAAAGAAGACGUUAUUCAAACAGAAACAUCAGAACACAAGCUAAGGCAGUAUGUCUUAGCAACCCCGAUCAGCACCAGAGCCGACGGAAGUUACAUCUCCCAUAGAGUUUCUGCAAGCCAUUCAAGAAGAGCCGUGAGAGAUGUAUCGGCAAGCCCCAAGCAACUAUAUUUCAAUGUAUCUGCAUUUGGAAGGGAAUUCCAUCUUAGACUGAGGCCUAACACUCAUCUAAUAGCUCCCGGGGCGGUGGUGGAGUGGUACGAAGACUCUGUAGAAACAAGAAACGGAACUGACGGCAUUGGCCUGGGUCAGAGUGGGACUGUCUCCGAAAGAAUAUGGAAAAAAGAAUCUUUAUCGACCAACUGUGCUUAUGUUGGAGAUCUUGUGGAUAUCCCAAGCGCUUCAGUUGCUAUUAGCAACUGCGAUGGUCUGGCUGGAAUGAUCAAAGUGGGUGAAGAUGAAUAUUUCAUUGAGCCAUUGGAGAAAGGGAGACAAAUGGAUGAAGAGAGAGGGAGGAGUCACAUGGUCUAUAGGAGGUCGGCCAUUGCACAAGAUCCAGGAGACAUACUCCCUGACACCCUCAGUGAAGAAUCUGGCCUUGGGGGGCGUCCCAGUCUUGACUCUAUGUAUGCAAAUGUAGAGCAACAGCUGAACGAGACAUUGAGGCAGCGCCGGAAUGCCGGUGACAGUCACUACAACAUCGAGGUGCUUCUGGGAGUGGAUGAUUCCGUCGUCCGAUUCCAUGGCAAAGAACACGUUCAGAACUACCUCCUCACCCUCAUGAAUAUAGUGAAUGAAAUUUACCAGGAUGAAUCCCUGGGGGUCCACAUAAACGUUGUUCUGGUUCGCAUGAUGAUGUUGGGCUACACCAAGUCCAUCAGCCUUAUUGAACGAGGAAAUCCAUCCCGGAGCCUGGAGAAUGUUUGCCGCUGGGCAUAUCAGCAACAGAAAGCAGACUCCAGCCACUCGGAGCACCACGAUCAUGCCAUAUUCCUAACCAGGCAAGAUUUUGGACCAGCCGGAAUGCAAGGCUAUGCUCCAGUAACAGGCAUGUGCCAUCCUGUCCGAAGCUGCACUCUUAACCAUGAAGAUGGAUUUUCUUCAGCUUUUGUGGUCGCCCAUGAAACUGGCCACGUGUUGGGAAUGGAGCAUGAUGGACAAGGGAACCGGUGUGGGGAUGAGACGGCAAUGGGGAGUGUCAUGGCUCCCCUGGUGCAAGCAGCGUUCCAUCGAUACCACUGGUCCCGAUGCAGUGGCCAAGAAGUCAAAAGAUACAUACACUCCUACGACUGCCUCCUCGAUGAUCCCUUUGAACACGACUGGCCCAAACUUCCUGACCUGCCGGGGAUCAAUUAUUCCAUGGAUGAACAGUGCCGUUUCGAUUUUGGAGUGGGCUACAAAAUGUGCACAGCGUUCCGAACUUUCGACCCGUGUAAACAGUUGUGGUGCAGCCAUCCGGACAACCCCUACUUCUGCAAGACAAAGAAGGGCCCCCCACUGGACGGAACGGAAUGUGCACCCAGUAAAUGGUGCUACAAAGGUCACUGCAUGUGGAAAAACACCAACCAGCUGAAGCAAGAUGGCAGCUGGGGAGCCUGGACGAAAUUCGGCUCCUGCUCUCGGACAUGCGGAACCGGCGUUCGCUUCAGAACAAGACUAUGCAACAAUCCUGCGCCUCAUAACGGGGGUCAAGACUGUGCUGGCGUCAACUUUGAGUACCAGCUGUGCAACAUGGAGGAAUGCCCAAAGCAUCACGAAGACUUCCGAGCCCAGCAGUGUCAACAACGCAACUCACAUUUUGAGUACCAGAGCAGUAAACACCACUGGCUGCCUUAUGAACAUCCUGAUGCUACCAAAAGAUGCCAACUCUACUGCCAGUCCAGAGAGACAGGAGAUGUUGCCUACAUGAAACAACUCACCCAUGAUGGGACUCGCUGUUCAUACAAAGACCCCUUCAGCAUCUGUGUGCGUGGGGAAUGUGUGAAAGUGGGCUGUGACAAGGAAAUCGGGUCCAACAAAGCUGAAGACAAGUGUGGAGUAUGCGGGGGAGAUAACUCUCACUGCCGGACGAUCAAAGGGACCUUCACUAGAAUCCCUAAGAAACCUGGCUACCUUAAGAUGUUUGACAUCCCUCCAGGUGCUAGACAUGUGUCUGUCCAAGAAGACGAGGCUACCCCUCACAUUCUUGCUGUUAAGAACCAGGCAACGGGUCACUAUAUUUUGAAUGGCAAAGGAGAGGGAUCUGGCUCUCGUUCCUUCAUUGAUCUCGGCUUAGAGUGGGAGUACCACAUAGAAGAUGACAUAGAAACCCUUCAGACGGAUGGGCCAUUGUAUGAUGCUAUCGUUGUGUUGAUCAUUCCUCGGGACAACGUCACACAGUCGAGCCUGACAUACAAGUACAUAAUCCACGAGGAUUCGGUCCCCAAUGUCAACAGCAACAAUGUACUUCAAGAGGACCUGGAUACGUUUGAGUGGGCUUUGAAGAGUUGGUCCCAAUGUUCCAAGCCUUGUGGAGGAGGUUUCCAAGACACUAAGUAUGGGUGCCGCAGGAAGAGUGAUAGCAAAAUGGUACACCGCAGCUUCUGUGAAGCCAGCAAAAAACCCAAGCCCAUUCGUAGGAUGUGCAACCUUCAGGAAUGUACGCAGCCAUUCUGGGUAUCAGAAGAAUGGGAGCAUUGCACCAAAACCUGUGGGACCUCUGGUUAUCAGAUCCGAACCGUGCGCUGCAUCCAGCCUCUCCACGAUGGUGCAAAUCGCUCCGUCCAUUUCAAGUAUUGUAGCGGGGAUCGCCCUGAGAGCCGUCGGCCAUGCAACAGGACGCCGUGCCCUGCUCAGUGGAAAACCUGGCCCUGGAGUCCAUGUUCUGUGACCUGCGGUGAAGGAACAGAGUCCAGGCAAGUCUUAUGCCGCGCCGGCGACCAAUGCAAUGGAGAGAAGCCAGAAUCCGUGAGGGUUUGCAAGCUCGCCCCCUGCAAUGACGAACCAUGCCUGGGUGACAAAUCUAUCUUCUGCCAAAUGGAAGUGCUCUCCCGGUACUGCUCCAUCCCGGGCUACAAGAAGCUCUGCUGUGAAUCUUGCAGCAAACGUAGCAGCACCCUCCCACCACCUUACCUUAGCGAAGCUGCCGAGACCGAAGAGGGAGUGAUGACCGGCCCUGGCAACCUCCCCAAGACUUUGGCUUCUCCGACGUCUUCAGUCCCUCCUCGCUCUGAGAGGCGCGGUUCUUUGGGCAGGAUGUCCUUGGCAGAAGAAGACAGGCAUGCCCUGAUCCCCAAUGCCUACGGAAGGGCCAGGGUUGCCAGCCCACCUCAGCGAAGAGUUCAAAGCCAAGCGAGGAACAAGACUUCCGGGCCGGUUGCGACGCCGUUACAACUGCCAACCAUGAGUGGGCACCUUGCGACCCACACAUCCUCAGCCUUGUUAGAUAUCGGUCCAGCUGUGACACAGAACAGCAGUUCAGCUGGUGUCCUGUCUCCAAACAGACCCUCAAAGAAAAAUGAGAAGCAAGCGGACAGGCGGCAACCUCCGAGGCCUUCCACUGUGGAAAGAUGAAACUUAGAAAUAAAAAAAGGGGGUGGGAGAUACCUAAAGUGGAGAAUGUGUCUCCUUGCUUUGUUUGGAGUACGGUGAUGCAUGCAAACCCUUCCAACACAAAACUUUCAACAAGUCAACCGCAGAAAAGGAGGUGAGAGGAAAAAGUGCUGGCUCACUUUCCAGUGACAUCCAUCCUUCACUCAGUUCCUCCUCUUCUUCUUCCUCCUCCUCCUCCUCCUCCUCCCAACAUCUGGUCACUCCAAAACCUUUGAAGGGAAGCACCAAAAAUCACACUGAUGUAAAAAGAAGAAGAAGAAGCAAGUAGCUGAGUGGGUUGGCCAUUCUCUGCCACCCAGACCCCCUAACGUUGCACGUCGGCUGCUUUUGAGGGUGGAAAGUAUGAUUGAUUAGAAAUAAAGGAAGGAACGAAAUUAAAUGUUGCUUUUGAGGGGCGGGAGGGGGCAACCAAGCAAAGGCACCAAAGUUUACACGUCUACAGCGUAUUUUUUACUGUGGAACAUUUGACCUCCAUAUGAAUUGUAUUGCUAAUUUAUCUCUAUAAGCAAAUGCUAGAGUAUGGUUCACCGUUGUCAUGUACAUAGGCUUGGUUGGCACAUCAUGCUGAACCAAAGCAUGGCUGAGCAUGGCCACAUGAAGAUGCAGGCUCCCAGAGGGCAAUUCAGCUGUGUUGUUCCUCCCCAGCUACUUAGCCAUGAGUUAGCUUAGUAUAGGGUCCUGUGAGGCUCCAGAGGUUACUGGAAUACAACUCCCAUCAUCCCUGCCUGUGGGCCAUGCUGGCUGAAGAUGAUGGGAGUUGAAGUCCAACAACAUCUGGAGGGCCACAGGUUCCCCAUCCCUGGCCCAGUGUGUCAUCUGAAGCCAGGAUCUCUCGUGGCUUAGCUCUCCCGUACAAACCACGAGGCAUAAAAAACACACGCAGGCCAUAGUUUGGUUUUAGCUUGUGGUUAACCUGGAGAGAGCAGGCCCACAAGCCUGUUAGCCAAGCCAGUUAAAUAAUGCAGGCAGAGUACACAAUGAGGAAGAAUCCUCAGAAAACUGUGAGGACACUGGAAUCAACCUCAGUGUAUAACUUGAGGGGGAAUGAACAGAAAAGUUUAUUCAUAGUCAGGAGAUAUUCAGUCAAAUGUACAGAGGGAAAACUUAUUCAGAGUCACACAGCCAAUCAGGGCACAUGCUGCCUUUGGAACCAUCAUGUCUUGCUGCCUGGUUGCUAAGCAACACUUCUACCCCGCCUCUAGGCUAAGUGGCUUUAACAGUGGCAACAGAAUUAACCCUUCAAUUACAACGCCUGGGUUCAGGUCCCACAUAACAACAGCACAGCAAACAGAAAGGAUCAAAGCAGCCACAGUCUCCUCUCCUGGAGCCUGCUCUCUCAUGUGCUCAUGCUAAGCUAUGCUUUGUUUUAGCACAAUGUGCAAGCUAGGUCAUAGUGCAUAUAAUGAAUAGAGAGGGAGGAAAAACAGUGUUAUUUUUUCAGAGUUUUAUGUUAUUCAGCCAUUUGUUUAUGGACUUUGCAUUUCAGGAUCAUGUUUAGGUGCCUGCCGUUCAGUUCUGCCUUAUUUACAAGCCAUGAACAUGUUUGUUUUUUGCUGGGAUCCAAAGACCUGGAUACAAACAGUGCUGCACACCAAUCCAGGUCGCUAAAUGGCUUUGGACAUCCGUGAAGGCUUUCCAGAUCUCCAUUUCCCAGCAUGAUUUCCUUGUGCUGCCUCGGACUUACUCUAGAGUAUCUCCCAACAUUCUGAUGUGGGCACAGUAUCAACUGAGGGAAAGUGUGUUGGGAGGAGAGGUUAAGUCUGAAGACCUGAAAGGCCAGCCUUCACUCCCAGCUAGGCUGGUGAAAUAUACUCGGAGUCAAGUGUGAAUUUCAUGCUCUUUAUUCAGCUCGUAGUAGCAAUGAAUGAAAUUUUCCCCAAAACGUCUAGCUAUAUAUACAUUAUGUACACAAUGGGCCCCGCGUGAUUGGCUAAUUCCAGGCUGCUCCUGUAGGCCAAUCAGGUUGCUGAUUCACUUCCUCCAGGAGCCUGAUUGGCUGCUCCUUUAUAUCCUUCCAAGGGCAUUGGGGUGAUCAUCUCAGUCAUGCAAUCUAUGGCUUGGUGAGAUGAAAGGCAGCAAAAAGUGCAUGUUCUAACUUGAUUCAUUCGCACCACUUUAGGUAUGUGGGGUCGCUGAACUGUCUUGGCAAGGAAAGGGAAAGCAAUUCUCCGUGCCUCUGGUGGGUAGGAAACAAACAUGCAACCUAACACCCCAGCCUAUACUUAAGGGGGUUAGUGAGGCCUGGACUCACAGUGCCUUCUUCCUUUGUCUGUACCCCAAUGCAGCAUCAGUUGCACAUGGGCUGUGCACACCAAUCCCAACAUUAGAUGGUGCAACUGAGAUUGCAAAUGACCACGAUUUACAGUGCAGUUGGUCACAAGUGGCAUUGGCACUGCCUUGUCUAGACAAGGUCCAGGAUGGUUUGGCCCAUCACAGGGACAUCACCAAAGCUGCAAAUUUAAAUGGAACCUGAGAAGAAAUUGCUGGAAAAGGUGAAGAUAAUCAUGGGCACAACCUCGAUGAAAUGAAUGCUAGAAUUUGGGGGUCACUUGCUAUGAGAGAAGGAGGGUGUAAGGACUUACUGACGGAGCACAUGGCUCCUGCCUGGAGACAUGAUAAUAGCCACCUACCUGAAGCUGAGCACAGGGACAUAGGAAUCUGCCUUAUCUCAAGUCAAACCAUUAGUUCAUCUAGCUCAAUAUUAUAUGCCCUGAUUGGCAGGAUCUCUCUUGGCUUUCGGGCAGGUUUCUCUCCCAACCCAACUUGGAGAUAUCAGGAAAUGAAUCUGGGGCUUUCGAUGGGUGAAGCAGAUGCUCUCCCUGACAUAUACUCAGAGUCCUGCAGUGAUUUCAUGCUCUUUAUUGCAGCUUGUAAAACAGUGAUUGAAUUUCCCCCCAAACCUCUGGCUUUUAUAUACAUUAUUUACAUAAUGAGUCCCGUCUGAUUGGCUGAUUCUGCUUCCCUCCUGGAGCCUGAUUGGUCUUCUCCUGCAGGCCAAUCAGUUAUUACAUUCUACGAACCUACCUGCCUAUUGUUCUAGGAUCCAAGCUUAGUAGUCUGGUCAGUCCUUCCAAAAGAAAUUGCCUGGGGACCCUGUGUAUGCUACCUUGAAUUCCAGGGGGAAAAUGAAGGGAUACAAAAUUAAUCACUAAGUAAGAAAAACGAUCUGUGUGCACGCAGCCCCAAGUUCGGUUCUUGGCAUCUCCAGGACCAGAGUUGAGAAAUGCCCUUACAAGAGACCGUGGGGCACUGCUGUUGGUCAAAGUAUAGAGUACUUGAGCAGAUGGACCCAUGUUUGCCUGACUGCCUUUCUUUUCAAUAGGGCUUGUGCAUGAGAAGGUCUUGCUUAUAGGACUCCCCUGGUGUGCAGUAAAAGUAUGGUAAUGUCCCUGAAAAGAAGGUGACUUAAGUUUACUUUUAUAAAAAUAAAAAUCUGCUAAAUUGCCUGUUUGUCAAAGCCAAAGAGCGACUCCAAACUAGGACAGGAACGUGGUGUAGGAGUGGCAAGUGCUGGAAAAGCACUUAACUUUUUCAUCGACUUCAAGCUGAGAGAGUGCAUUGACCAGCUGCACCACCGUAUAUGCACCCAACUGGGACAAAUUGCCAGCCAUUUGGGUCACUAUCAAACUUGUCAGGCAACUUCUCUCUCUCUUUGUGUGUGUGCGUGUGUGUGCAGGGUUUCGCUGUAAGGUACUUGUAUAUAGGAAUGAAAAGUAAAGCUAUUUAUUAAAAGUUGGUUGUGGUG